CCCGACAGCGCGGACAAGGAGCAGCGCAGAGCGGUGCCUGCCUAGGAGUGCGGACGCGGAACAGAACCUCUCUUGCGGAGCGGCGCGGAUUGGAGCGGAGCUUCCCAGGCAGCGCAGCGCGGAGUAGAACGGAGGCUUCCCGGCGGAGCGGGGCCAGGAGCGGAGCUCUCCCCAUCUCGCCUUAACUACCCCCCCCCCCGGCGGGGCCGCAGCCCGGGGCGGGAGCGCGGAUGCGGCGCGGAGCUGGGAGGCCCGGCGGAGCCCAGUGCGGGGCCGGGGCCGGGCCCUGCCGGGGCAGGCGGCGGGAGGCGCUGGGCGCGGGGGGAUGCUGAGCCCCGCCGCCCGGCACCGCGCCCGCCGCCGGGAGAUGCUCCUCGUGGUCGCCCUGUGGCUGGCGUGGCAAGAAGCGCCCGCAGCGCCCACCCCCGCGGCGGACGACAUCACCCGGGGAGUUGACUGGCUGACAAAAUUUGGGUAUCUGCCUCCUCCGGAUCCCGUCACAGGACAGCUGCAGACGCAGGAGGAGCUCACCAAGGCCAUCACUGCCAUGCAGCGAUUCGGGGGGCUCGAGGCAACGGGGGUCCUAGACGAAGCCACACUGGAGCUAAUGAAGACCCCUCGCUGCUCCCUGCCCGACCUCGCCACUGUGGAGACCCGGAGGAAGCGAUUCGUGCAGGCUGUCACCAAGUGGAGCAAAAGGAACUUGUCCUGGAGAGUUCGCACCUUCCCGAAGGAGUCCCAGCUGGGCCACGACACAGUGCGAGCCCUGAUGUACUACGCCCUGAAGGUCUGGAGUGACAUUACCCCACUGAAUUUCCAUGAAGUAGCAGGGAACAAUGCAGACAUCCAGAUAGACUUCUCCAAAGCAGAUCACAACGAUGGCUACCCCUUUGAUGGGCCUGGAGGAACAGUGGCACACGCUUUCUUCCCCGGAGACCAUUACACUGCAGGAGACACUCAUUUUGAUGAUGAUGAAUACUGGACUUUCCGAUCAGCAGAUGCUCAUGGGAUGGACCUGUUUGCCGUAGCUGUCCAUGAGUUUGGCCAUGCCAUUGGCUUGACCCAUAUUUCUGCUAUAGAGUCUAUCAUGAGACCCUACUACCAAGGUCCAGUGGGGGAUCCUCUGAAGUAUGAUCUACCUUAUGAGGACAAAGUCAGAAUCUGGCAGCUCUAUGGAGUCAGGGAAUCUGUGUCCCCCACAGCCAAGCCUGAAGUAAGCAAAACUGAAGACCAUCCUAUCCUGCCAGAGCUGCCAGAGAACCGCUCUACCGUCCCGCUCAGGCGGGAUGUGCCCAACAGAUGCAACACUCACUUUGAUGCAGUGGCCCAGAUCAGGGGAGAGGCUUUCUUCUUCAAAGGCAAGUACUUCUGGAGACUGACUCGCAAUAAGCACUUGGUCUCCCUCCAGCCGGCUCAAAUCCACCGUUUCUGGAGGGGCCUACCACUCAACCUGGACAGCCUGGAUGCAGUCUAUGAGAGAACCAGUGACCACAAGAUUGUCUUCUUCAAAGGGGACAGAUAUUGGGUCUUCAAAGACAAUAACGUGGAGGAAGGAUACCCACGGCCGAUCUCAGACUUCGGUCUGCCCCUGGGAGGAAUUGAUGCUGCUUUCUCCUGGGCCCACAAUGACAAGACUUAUUUCUUUAAGGACAAUCUCUACUGGUGCUAUGACGACCACGAGAGGAGGAUGGAUCCUGGCUACCCUUCAGAGACCAUCCUAUGGAAGGGAAUACCAAGCCCUUUAGAUGAUGCCAUGAGGUGGUCAGAUGGUGCAAGUUACUUCUUCAGAGGCAAGGAGUACUGGAAAGUGCUGGACAGUGAGCUGGAGCCCCAGCCUGGAUACCCCCAGUCCAUUGCCAGAGACUGGCUGGUGUGCAGCGACAUGCAGUCCGACUCCCCCGAAGCAGCAGGGAGCAGCAGGACCGGGGCACGCUCCAAGCCUGGGCAACAUGAUGAGAGCCGCUCGGAGAAUGGCUACGAGGUCUGCUCCUGCACCUCGGCCUCCCCAUCCCUCUGGGCUUGCCCUGUGCUCAGACUGUCAGCCAGCCUCCUGCUGAGUGGCCUGUGGACAGCAGCACUGAUGCGUGCAGCUCUAUGACAUCUCAUCCGCACACACGACAACACCAUGGUGCUCCAGAGAGGGAGGUGGACAGAUCCUGCGACGCUAAGUGCUGCAAGCAGAAAAACAUUCCUAGGAACAUGCUUGUGAAGGGUGUGAAUUCUCCAUGAGAAAUGAACAGUGGGGGGUUGUUUGGGUUUAGUUUGGUUUGGUUUGUUUCUUUCCUUUUAAUUUUAGUUUAAAGGUCUAAUAACAGAUUUUGAGUUCUGUACCUUCUUAUUCCCCCACCCAGUUAAAGAUAGAGCAGCCUAGCAGUGACUUUAGAGAUGUUCCAUGGAAAUGUUUUGCUUUGGAUGUUUAAAUGCAGCAAAGGAGGGAGGGGACAGCUCCUGUGACUGAAUGGGAACAGAAGAGAUGCUGCUGAGACAGAUGGCAACAUCAUCGGAGGGACGGCGGCAAGGCGAGAGGCGAGGUGGUAGUUUUGUGCCGACACCAUCUACACAUCCUAUUGGAUGCACUGGGUGGGAAGGAACUUGGGCUCCGCUGAGACUGACUGCAAGGUGAUCAUUUUGUUGUCAGACCUGCUGUGGUCACUGAUGUCUGGUAACUUCUACCGGUUUCUACAGAUCAGAAACACUGUUGCCUUUCAGACGGCAGCGCAGCGCUUGUCUUUGUAUCUGAGUCGUUCGAGUUUAAGGAUUUCUCUAAUAAACCUUGGCUGCCUACACACAGAUCUCCUGGUCCUCAGCCAGACCAAGCCUGCCACCUGCAGUGAGGUGCUAACUGCUGAGGCUGGGAGCAGCCUCACCUCUACACAAGUAGCA